CCCAAACAAAACUGUUUCACUUUCACCUGCUUCUCAUAUUUUAGCUACCACAUAUAGUCAACAUAGUGUUCUCUUUUUUCUUCUAAGUAAACAAAUCAGGGUUCAUUGGCAUAUUCAGUAAACAACCUUCUCCUCCCCUUUCCACUUCCAUAAGAAAAACAUCACAAUCUAUUCCAUUAUUGCUAUUCUAUCUGCUUCUUACAACAAUAACAUAUUACCAACAUAACUAAAUCCAGUUAAUACUCAACUUCAAGUAAUAAACUUUUGAGGAAUCCCUCUUUAAAAGUUCAUUCAUUCUCAGAUGUGCUCUACUUCUACUACAUGGGAUCACAGACCAAACUGACCAUAAACUUUAAGGUGCAUUUAUCUUGAAACAGAAGCAACUAAGAAACAUGGCGCCAGGGAAGAAUUCCCGAGGCGAUGGGAGGAACUUAUCAAACUACUGUUCAACAGUCCCAGUAGCUGUGUUUGUUGCAUUUUGUUUAGUUGGUAUAUGGAUUGUGAUGUCAUCCAUUGUUCCAGUUCAGGAUUCAGUCAUGCAGGUAUCUGACACCAUUAUUGAGGUGCAAAAUAUAGCUAAUCAAACUGGUUUGAGGCAAUUCGAAGACAAGUUAGGCGAUAUACAAGAAGAAUCGGCAAGGAGAGAUACCCAAACCCCAAAUUCUCAGAGUGAAAGCAAUCCAGAAAACCAGGAUGACCAAAAUGAAACUGAAAAAGUGUUUGAUACUACUGCUGAAGAUCACCAGCAAGAGGUUAUCCGAGACAUCUCGGGUAGAAAGAAUGAUUUGGAGAAAGGCCUUGGGAAUAAAAUUGAGGGAAGUUAUCAAGUGGAACAUGUGAAGGAAACUUCAGAUGAAAAUAAAUCUGACGAGAGUUUAGGUGAUAGCGAAUUAGGGACAGAAAACAGUAUGGGUGAAGUCGCACAACAAGACGAGAUUAUCAGUGAGACUGAGGAGGAGAGAAUCAAGCAAAAUCCUCAGAGUAACAUGGAAAGCCAUGAAAACAGUCUAGCUUCAAAAGAAGGAACUUCAAUUGAAGCUAGCACCAAAAAUGGAGCUUGGUCAACUCAAGCUGCAAAGUCGUGGCAUGACAAGAAAUCGCAGAAGUCUUCAAUCUCUAUUGAUAACAGCAAAUAUGAAUGGAAACUUUGUAAUACAACUUCAGGAUCAGAUUACAUUCCUUGUCUCGACAAUUUGAAAGCGAUUAGAAAACUUCGAAGCAUAAGUCACUAUCAACAUCGAGAGAGGCAUUGUCCGGAUGAAGUUCCCACUUGUCUUGUUUCUCUUCCGAAGGGUUAUAGAAGUCCAAUUAGGUGGCCUAAAAGCAGGGAAAUGAUAUGGUACAAGAAUGCUCCUCAUACAAAGCUUGUAGAAACUAAGGGUCAUCAAAACUGGAUCAAAGUAUCUGGUGAAUACCUUACUUUUCCUGGUGGUGGAACCCAAUUUAAGUUUGGUGCUCUUCAUUACAUUGAAUUCAUUCAAAAAUCUCUUCCAAAUAUUGCAUGGGGGAAGAGAAGUCGUGUGAUAUUGGAUGUUGGGUGCGGAGUAGCGAGCUUUGGUGGCUAUCUGUUUGAAAAAGAUGUUCUGACCAUGUCAAUUGCUCCUAAAGACGUGCACGAAGCACAAGUGCAAUUUGCACUGGAGCGGGGAAUUCCUGCAACUUUAGGUGUCAUGGGCACUAAAAGAUUACCGUUUCCUGGUUCUGUCUUUGAUCUUGUCCAUUGCGCUCGUUGUAGAGUCCCUUGGCACAUAGAAGGUGGCAAGCUACUCUUAGAGCUGAAUCGUGUCUUGCGACCAGGAGGUUACUUUGUAUGGUCUGCUACUCCAGUGUAUCAAAAGGAUCCAGAAAAUAUCGGGAUUUGGAAUGACAUGGGUACAAUUACAAAGUCAAUGUGCUGGGAUCUGGUGGUUAUUGCAAACGAUAAAUUGAAUGGCGUGGCUGCGGCAAUAUAUAGAAAACCAACCGACAAUGAAUGCUAUGAUAGAAGAUGGAAAAACGAGCCACCAAUGUGUAGUGAAUCCGAUGAUCCAAAUGCUGCCUGGAAUGUAUCGCUACAGGCUUGUAUGCACAAAGUGCCAAUAGGUGUAUCAGAGCGCGGAACAAUCUGGCCGGAGCAAUGGCCACUGAGGUUGGAGAAACCACCGUAUUGGUUAAACUCUCUAACUGGUGUUUACGGAAGAGCUGCUACUGUGGAAUUCACUGCCGAUUACAGGCAUUGGAAAAAUGUUAUUUCACAUUCAUAUUUAAAUGGAAUGGGGAUCAAUUGGUCUUCAGUGAGAAAUGUCAUGGACAUGAAAGCUGUUUAUGGAGGAUUUUCUGCUGCACUCCGAGCCUUGAAAUUGAAUGUUUGGGUAAUGAAUGUGGUUCCAAUUGAUUCUCCAGACACAUUAGCAGUAAUUUAUGAGCGUGGAUUAUUCGGUAUUUAUCAUGAUUGGUGCGAGUCGUUUAGCACCUAUCCUAGAUCAUAUGAUCUUCUCCAUGCCGAUUCUUUAUUCUCAACACUUAAAGAAAGGUGCAACAUAGUGGCAGUGAUUGCAGAAGUUGAUAGAAUGUUGAGACCAGAAGGAUAUUUGAUAAUAAGAGACAAUGUUGAAACAAUUGAUGAGAUAGAGAACAUGGCGAAAUCUCUACAUUGGGAUGUUCGGUUCAGGUAUGCGAAACUCGGGGAGGGUUUACUUUGCCUUCAGAAGACACUUUGGCGGCCGACGAAGGUUGAAACCGUUGUGUCAGCCAUUGCCUAGUUUAUGAUGCUUCAGCUUCACUUUCUACUCCUUGUUUUGGCACAAUGGGUAUUUUCUUAUUCUUCACUUUUAUGUGUAUUUAUUGAACAAUGUCACUUGUACUACUCUAUGUAAUGUAAUAUUUAUUUAUUUAUUUAUCAUUUUAAUGUAAAUAUAUGUGGUUUAUCAUUC